CAAAACCCGUACUGUGAUUGGCUGAGAUUACCUGUCUGUCAAAGCUUGCCCUGAGUUUCAUUGGUGAAAGACUAGCCGUCGUCUUUGACUCUCGCGGUACUGCUACACGAAGAUGGCGGCCGAACUGGUGGAAGCAAUGAACAUGGUCAAAAGUUUUCGGGUCUCUGACCUGCAGACGCUGCUGGCCUCAAUGGGUCGCAGCAAAAGUGGGCUGAAACAGGACCUGGUGGGUCGUGCGCUGAGGCUAGUGCAGACUGAAUACAGCCCAGAGCUUCUAAAGAACGUCAGACAGCUCUAUGAGUCGCGCUUCCCCAAAACAUCUGGCUGGCUUGCAGCACGGCGUCCAGACAGCAUCUACUCAUCCCUUAGCUCCUCCCCCACUGCCACCUCUCAGGGCGCAGACUACCUCAAUGGCAUUUCCAAACCAAUCCCCACACCUGCACCAGAGGUCAAACUGGUGCCACUGCCCUUCUACCAAACAUUGGAGACACUGUUGCCACCAACAGAGCUAAUUGCCCACAACAACGAGAAACUGCAGGACAGUCAAUGCAUAUUUGAGUUAACACCGAACCAAGCAGACCAGAUCAGAAAUGCAAGUGAGCUUCGUCCAGGGAUCAGAUCAAUCCAGGUGGUUCUUAGAAUCUGUUACACAGACUCCAUUGGUGUUCAGGAAGACCAGUAUCCUCCCAACAUUGCUGUCAAAGUCAACCAGUCCUACUGUCAUGUUCCGGGCUAUUACCCCUCGAAUAAGCCUGGUGUUGAACCCCGUCGUCCUUGUCGUCCUGUGAAUAUCACUCCCUGGUUGCAUCUCUCCAAUGCCACCAACAGAGUCACCGUCACCUGGGGAAACUUUGGCAAGCGGUACUCUGUGGCAGUGUAUUUAGUGAGGGUAUUCACUGCAGCAGACCUCUUCAGCCAACUGAAGCUCUGCUCUGUCGAGAGUGCAGAACGCUGUCGUGAACGCAUCCAAGACAAACUACGAUUUGACCCAGAGAGUGAAAUUGCGACCACAGGCCUUCGGGUUUCUCUCAUCUGUCCAUUGGUGAAGAUGCGGCUCGGUGUACCUUGUCGAGUUUUAACUUGUGCCCAUCUUCAGUGUUUCGACGCAGUCUUCUUCCUGCAGAUGAAUGAGAAAAAGCCCACAUGGACUUGCCCUGUCUGUGAUAAGCCCGCUCCCUUUGAGCUGCUCACCAUUGAUGGACUCCUAUCUGAGAUUUUGAAAGAGACAAGCGAAGACAUCGAGGAGAUCGAGUACUUGACUGACGGCUCCUGGCGACCCAUCAGAGAUGACAAGGAGAGGGACAGGGAAAGAGAACGCAGCAACACACCAGAGUACCCUGUUGUUGAUAUAUGCAUUCCUGAAGCAAACGGUCAUUCACCAGCCCACAGCAGCACCAGUCUUACCGGCAAAUCUGGAAGCGGUUCCGUGGGGACGGCAGGAGUCACGGGAGGCUCCGCCGUGGCACCGGGUGGUGGGGCAGUGGUAGAUCUGACUCUUGACUCCUCCUCUGAGGAGGAAGGUGGCGGGGCAGGAGGAGACAGUGAGGACACUGAGGACAGCGCCGACAGUCCUGCCCCAAAGAGGGGAAGAUACAACUACGACAAGGACCUGGUCACUGCCUACUGACCCCGUAGCUCUGUCCCCUCAAAGACUGACACACAUACACACACACACACACACACACACACACACAUACACGCACACACACACACAGAGGCACGGGGCUAAAACCUUGAGGACAGGAACACAGUAAUCCACUAGAUGCAACAACCCUCCCUUAUGCCCAAACAUCAGAGCCUUUCAGCAGCUCUGGUUUAUAUCCAGACAAAACAAACACACUCAAACAUGCACUGUUAAUGAAUCUUCAGUCUAGCGUGAUUAGGAUUCCUCUUUGUACUGUACUCCACUGGAAGCAACUCUAACUCCUUUUGGCCAACCAUCACCUUGCAGUGAAUAUCUGUACCGUCCUGCCUCGACGAAAGUGACUGAAUGGAUCGAGCACCCCCACCACCACCACCAUCACUACCCUCACCCCUCUCCCCUUCCUCCUCUCUCUCCAGACUAUUCCCUGUCUACCACCACAUCUCCCUCUUUGUAUUUGACUUGGAACUACAGGCUCUUUUAGCCUUGGGCGUUCAGUGUUUGCAUCUCUGAUUUUUGUCACAUUUGUGACGAACAGGCAAGUUGAAAAUGGAAGCUCGUCAGAAGUGUUUUGGUUAAAGGUCAAAAACAACUAGUGGAAAAGAGCGUGAUUCAUUUGGGGAGAGGGAUAAGGCAGAGAUAUCUGGAGUGUGAUGCAAAUUUAAACCUCUCCCAUUGUGUUAUUAUUUCUUUGUUCAGAGAGUGAAUUCAAAGCUUGAAAUGUUUUUUCAGGAAUUUAUCCUUUUAAUUAUCAAAGGGCAGAACACAAUACUGGCCUCAAUGUGUGAUGCUUUCCAUUUUUAUUUUGUCCUUAGAUAAAGAGAACCUACCUCAGUCAUAAAAACUUAGCAGACUGACCAGAGACUAGCUUAGAAAGAAGAGCAGGACAGAAGAAUUUGAGUCUCUCUGAAGCCAAUUUUACACUGGAGAUUUUGUUUUCCUACAUUUUUUGCUUGUUUUAUUUUUAUUUUUUUAUUCCAUGCAGCUCUGUUCCCUCUACAGCAACAAAAUCUUCAAUGGCGAGUGAAGUUUAUGGGUAACCAAGUUAGCUGUAGGUGUCAGCGAAGCCAAACAUUAUGGGUGGAUCUGUGUCACUCUGUUCAACAUCGCUGCAGUUAUCUUGCUGUAACAGGAUUAUUUAGGGUUUGUAUAUGGGCAGUGCGUAUGGAAGUAAGCAUUACGAUGAGUGUAUGGCAGCUGUGCCAAAGCUGAUGUGUUUUAAGAAUUCACUGACAGGAUCUGGUUAUGAGACUUUGGUGCCUUUUUUGUUGAGUGGUGAAGAUUGGAGCCCGUUGUUUUAAGGCUAGCUGAGCUGGCCAACCGAUGAGACCCAAGUCUGAGAGAAGGUGUUUAAUUUCAUUUUGGAUUCUUCCUUAGAUGAUUUUUUUUUCUCCCCCUGUAGAGGAAAUGGACAGAGAAGCAGAAACAACUCUGUGGUAAAGGACAGUUAUGGAACUAAAGUGCUGUCAUCCUUUUCCCCUCACAUUUUGGUAGAAGUACCGUAUUUAUUUACUUGCAUCACAUUAGCAGUCGUUUGUAAUAAGUCUACACAAUAUUUGGCUGUAGUUCUGUACAGAUGGGAGCUAUUAGUUGCAGAAAGCAGGACACCUCUGCUGUGGUUUGAGUGUUGAGUUAUAAUUAGUCUGCGCUCAUGGCUGUGCUGUUGAUGAACACUCCUUUUCUUUUCCUCUGAACGAGUCCAGCUUGGGUCAGAGCCCCAUUCAGAGUGCUCUGCUGCGGUAAGUUCAGCGUGUCUGACACAACGAAACUUAAUGAAGUGUCAAUAAGUGCAACCCCAUCAAGCUUAAAGGCAUUGAUUGGAUUACAAAUGGUCCUGUCUGGAACGAGUGGAGCUGCUCCAACCAACAAUCCCCCUCAGCCUCCUUUCAGUGUAGAUAAGGUCACAUCUAUUUGCUGGAAUAGAAUUGGACUUUAAUUGCUACAUGCUGUAGGCUUACAACUAAUAUUCCUCUGCACCUGCACUAGUAUUGUCAGUAUGUGAUGGCUGCUCCUCAGAUAAGGCUCAGUGGGCUGCAUGUGCAGGCUUUAGGUUUUAUCUUCAGGAAGGCCAUCAGCAUUUGCUUGAAGAUGAGAAAAAGGUUGUUGCUGUGUUGCCAGAGCUGUUUGCACUUUCAUCUGAUACUUCAUCCCAAGUUUAUGGCUUAUUUAUUUUGAAGCCAUCGUGUAGUGAGUAUUAAUCAUAGUAUCAGUUCUCCCCAGCUGUCUCAUGUAUGAGAAUCAGAAAAUUUCAAACUGGAAAAGCAGCGGUCCUGAGAUGUUGAGGGGUUUCCCUCUCUCAUCAUCCCUUUGUUACGGUCUGAUCACCGAUGAAUCCGGUUUUCUUUUACCUUGCUCAAAUGCACAGAGAAAUGACAUCCACAGGUUGAUCCGGGGCCUCACUGAUAGGGCUGAUGACUGGGGGGAAAAAAGUGGGUCAAGUAAAAUCUGAUCUUCCAUUUUUCUCCUUUUGACACAUUAACAAAAUCAAUACAUGGAUGAGAAAUGUUGGAGAAUCCAUGCAAAAUUUAUUGAUGGCACUUUGCCUGUAAUAGAUCUGAGUGUGUCCCCGAAACGGAUCCUUGGUGUAAGGUGUUAUGAAGCAAAAUAAUAUAAAGAAAUCUAAUACCUGUCUUGAACUCAAUUUGUAUUUUGUAAGUAGCUGCUAUACACAUAAAAAUGACUUUGUUCAUUGGUUGAUUCAGUAGAAGGUUAUUAUUUGAACAGAUCUCCUAAACUUUUGCCUUAUGCUUAAAGACGAGAGGUGGUGCAGGUUGCUUCUGUGGAUCUGAGCCAGAUGAGUUUGCAGGUUGUUUGGGAGCUGGAGAGAGCUGAGGUUCUGGUCUUUUUGUAGUGGCAUUUCUUCAUCUUAUAAUAAUGCAUAAGGUAGCAUGGGCAGAGGCUUACAAUCCAUGAUGUAAAUGUUUUGUUUGUUGUGUUUUUUUAUAUGUUCAUAUUAAAAGACAAUAAAAUUUAAAUAAUAUUUUAUUAAGCCUUGAAUCGCCUCCAGUUGUUACUAUAGGCAAACAGACAAUACGAUGCUGUUGACUGCAGCAGCACCUGAAGCUGAUGGGCUGGGAGGACUGGUUAAGGUGGAGAUUGUUAUGUCCUGUACCAAAAUCUCAGACCUGGGGACACAUUUGAUGCCUGUUGAGGAUAAAACUGUAAAAUUUAAAAUAAUCGUAUUCUAACAGCUGUUAUUGACGUGUGGAAUUAAUUAAAAUCAGUUCUUAAAAA